CACGAACAAGGUGAAAUAAAUGUUCAUCCAUUUUUUCAUACAAUUUUAACUGAUUUCAUUAAAGAAGAAGAUUUUGUAGAAAAUCUAGAAAAAGAGCUGAGUGAGCUUGAUUUUAAGGAGAAAAAUAAUGAUUUGUAUAAAUUUCAUCAGAGUGAUGAUUUAAAACAUAGCUCUUCACCUCAUAUCAGUGCAUUUUGUAAGUUAUUAGAAACUGAUGUUAAAGAAUGGUUGUGUAAAAUAAGUGAUAUAGAAUUAACUGAAGAAAUUGAUGUAUUUGCUUCAAAAUAUGAAUACACAGAUAUAUUAUUAUGUCAUGAUGAUGAACUAGAAAAAAGAAGAUUUGCUUAUAUUUAUUAUGUCGUACCCUCAACUUGGAGUGAAGAAGAUGGUGGACAUUUAGACCUCUUUUCUGCUGAUCAUCAUAUACAACCGAAAGAAAUUGUCAAAUCAAUUUUACCCAAACGCAAUAACUUUUUAUUUUUUGAAGUCACAGAGACAUCAUUUCAUCAGGUAGCAGAAAUAUUAUCAUUAGAAAAAACAAGAUUAUCAAUUAGUGGAUGGUUUCAUGGACCACCGUUACCACGACAAUCACCCCAUAAAGAACAUUCACCCCAACUGACACCCUAUAUCACAGUUGAUGAAGAUGAAUUUUAUUCCUGGAUUAAUCCAGUCUAUUUAGUCCCUGACGUACAGGGUGAGAUCAGUGAGAAAUUUGAAUCUGAAUCAGAAAUACAAUUAACAGAUUUCAUAAAGAAAGACAAAUAUAAUGAAUUGAAGAAAGCUUUGAAAGAAAGCGAUAUUCAUUGGUCACAUCAUGGUCCCGCUAACAAAAGAAAAUAUUAUGUGUGUAAUUCUGAAAAUCAGCCUGCUAUAAUUAAAGAGUGUGUGAAAUUUCUACAGUCUGAUGCUAUGUUUUUAGUUUUAUCCAAUAUAACUGGACUUAAACUACAUGAAUUAGCACCAGAAUCGGAUGAUGAAGAAAAGGACACAAAGAAAAAAGAUAAUGAAAGUAAAGAAGGUCAAAGUUCAAGAAUCCCUCAUGAUGGAAGUGAUUUGUAUGCCGAUAGUACCUACCGGUAUGUCAAAAAUAUGUGUGAUGUUCCACAACAGCCCUACAACAAAAACAGGAAUAAUCUUGGAAUAUCUUGUUACAGUGAAGUUAGAAAAUGGAGCCAUGGUUGUUACACAUUAGCUUAUGAUAAAUCACAUGAUCAAAAUACUGACUUUUCAUUGGAUGCUGUUUUCUUUAUGGACUGCUCAGAUUGGAAGACUGAAUAUGGAGGAUUUACAACUUAUAUAGCUAAAGAUGAAGAUGAUGAAUUAUUAAGUGUUACUCCUGAAGACAAUUGUCUAGCUCUAGUUUAUAGAGAUAAAAAUACUCUCAAAUUUAUUAAACAUAUAAAUCAUAAAUGUGUGGAUUCAUCACAGCCACAAUUUUAUGAUAUCUCCACUGUAUAUUAUGAAUAA